AGUCGUUGUCCAGAUUCAGAGACAGAAAGCGAAAGAUGAUGAGGAGGAGGAGGAGGAAUGGAUGCAGGCGUUUGUAAUUUCUCUUCUUUUUUUAUCGCCCUAACUGGUGGAUGGCCUGCGUCUGAUGGAGCGCUGUGCAUUUACUUGAGGUUUUGGAGUUGGCCGCUGAGCUGCUACCGUCCUUCAUCAUCUCUGUCUCUUGUCUGCCACCGCCAGCCGCUCACCUACUGCAAUCCUCCUCUUCCUCUUCCGGCCUCUUAACACUUACCUCUGUGCGCGCGCGCGCGUGUGUGAAGCCAAGGAAACAAAUUCAUGGAAUUGAAGGAGACGCUCCGGCGCAGAAGCAGCACGACUCAAUCUCAAGAACCCGAGAAGGAAGAAAUUAAAGUACCGACUGCUUCGAAUGUAUAAGCCACGACAGAUUCGUUAGCAGACCCCAAAGCGACGCUACUACUUCCCCUUCGUCCGUCUUUGAUGGAGGAGGGCAACCGCGACUGCUACAAGCAGCAUUGUCAGCGACGGUGCACCGGAGAGCUGAUAGAGGUCCCCGGGGGCCAUAUUGUUCGGUCCACAGGGCGGAAGGACCGGCACAGCAAGGUGUACACCGCCAAAGGCGUGAGGGACCGGCGCGUCCGCCUCGCCGCCCACACCGCCAUCCAGUUCUACGACGUCCAGGAUCGCCUCGGCUACGACCGCCCCAGUAAGGCCGUCGACUGGCUCAUGCAGAAUGCCAAGACCGCCAUAGACCAGCUCGCGGACCUUUCCCGCCGCCACCAACCCGUCGACCGAUGCGUCGUCCAUGAGCUUCCCCUGCAAGACACCUCCGUCGGUCACGAUUCAAUCGAGCUGCCCAUGUCCGACGCAGGAGCAGUUGCGUCCGUGGGCUAUGGUUUCGGCGGCAGCAGUGGUAGCUUAAUCCCUCCUUCGCUAGAUGGUGAUGCCAUCGACGAUCUCGUCAAGCCUUUCCCGACCGUCACAGCCACUGCAUCGUCGCCUUCAAGCCACGGGAUGACGUACCACGAUUACACACCCGACCUACUCUUGCACGCCUGCGGCCGACCUCAAGACCUUCGUCUCUCUCUCCAGUCCUUCCACGACCCAACCUUUCGAGAUCACCACCACCAGAGUCCUGAAUCAACCCAGCACUUCUUUUGCUCUGGCACAACCAACUUGGCUCACGCCACCACUUGGGCGACGUGUCCCGCGAAUAAGGAGAGACUGGGAUGGUGGAAUGCGGCCGAUGGCAGCGGCGCCGGAGAGUUCUCGUACAAUGGCGCACUGCCACCGGAGUCAGCGGCGCCGCGUCUGGUCAACGCCCAAGUCCAGCAUUGCACUCGGAGGGAACCCCUUGGGUCCGGUAAUCUGCCUUCCCUUCGUGCUUGGACAAGCCCUACAGCGUUCCAUCCGUCACUGGCAUCAGCCGCGGCCGAUGUGUUCACGUCCGAAAGCUACGCCGGUUUCUCCGGAUUCCACAUUCCAGAACGAGUUCAGGGCGAAGAGCCGCAUAAUGCCAUUGCCAACGACCUACAGGCUGCUUCCUCUGCUUCUCGCCAAUGGCAGAAAUGGAAAGAGAACAAUCAAUGAGUCCAAUCAUCCGCACGAAGUAGCUGCAUCCCAACAAAAGUAAACACAUGCAACACUGGACUUUUCAUGCAUCCAUCCCCAAUUGUUGAUCAAACCAACUCAAUUUUUGUUUGUUUGUUUGUUUUUCCUUGUUCUCUUGAUUGAAGUUUCGAGCACAGUUUCUUUCAUCUUCCCGUUA